GGGAAGAAAACUUGUUCAGUGAUGAGAAAUCAUUGCAAGCUCCAAGCUUGGGACAAAGGGAGCCCCUGAAUGCUGCCUGGUUGAACGCCCUGUGCUCUGGGUGGUGAAUAAGAGCUGAAAGGAAUCACUUGGAGGCAAAAACUCCAGCUAGGAGACCUGAGGAGGAAGCUGCUGGAGGAGACGCAUACUAACUCCAUUGGCCUCUACUCUUACCCUUCCUAACAGAUGUCACCAACUAGAGAGCAGCCAAUCUUCAGCACCAGGGCCCACGUCUUCCAGAUUGACCCUGCCACCAAACGGAACUGGAUCCCUGCCAGCAAACACGCUCUCACCGUCUCCUACUUCUACGAUGCCACACGCAACGUGUACCGGAUCAUCAGCGUGGGGGGCACCAAGGCAAUCAUCAACAGCACCAUCACUCCCAACAUGACCUUCACAAAGACAUCCCAGAAAUUUGGCCAGUGGGCAGACAGCCGAGCCAACACCGUGUACGGGUUGGGCUUUGCUUCUGAGCAGCAUCUCUCCCAGUUUGCAGAGAAGUUCCAGGAAGUGAAGGAAGCAGCUCGUUUGGCGAGGGAGAAGUCCCAGGAUAAAACAGAGCUGACCAACCCUGCCCUGAACAUCGCAUCUCACCAGGUACUUCCCAGCCCCAUCAUCAGCUCCAAUGGGCCAGGAGAAGAUAAACUAUUCCGAAGCCAAAGCGCCGAUGUGGAGGUGACCACGGAGAAGGAGCGGCUGAAGAAGAUGCUCUCCGAAGGUUCUGUGAGUGAAGUCCAGUGGGAGGCCGAGUUCUUCAGCCUCCAGGACAACAACAACAAGCUCGUGGCUGCUCUCCAUGAAGCCAACGCCAACGUGGACCAGUGGAAGAAGCAGUUGGCUGCUUACCAGGAGGAGACGGAAACACUGCGGCAGCGGCAGAAACUGGAGUCACAGGGCACUCAGGAUUCCUCCAGCGAGAACAACAAGGAAGAGCUGAGCCAAACCCUGGAGGAGCUGGAACUGCUGAUCAAGGCUAAGGAUGAGGAGAUCCAGAUGCUAAAGAGCCAGAAGUGUGGCCGAUGGGAAGCAGAGGGCGAGCGUGAGGAGACACUGCAGAAGCUGCAGGAGCUGGAGACCCGCAACGCAGAGCUGGAGCAGCGCCUUCACCUGGCUGAGCAGACAUUGGCAGAGACCCUGGCCGAGAGGGAGAAGAUCCAGAACGAGGUCACCAAAGUGGCGGAGAUCAUGGAUGUGAAGAUAUUUGAGCUCAGUGAGAUCCGGCAGGGACUGGCCAAGCUGGUAGAGAGGCAAUUGAGCAGCAGCACACUCAGAGGAGACACCUCCAGAGGAGGGGAGCCUGAGCUGGGACAGUCACAGAACAUCGAGGUCUGCUGGGGCAGGACAUGCCAACAUACCAGCAGCUGCCUGGACAGUGUGGAGACCAGCCACAGCCACCUACUGCCCCCUGAACACCCAGGCAGAGGGCAGAGAGCACCUGAGCUCCUGAAUCCUCCUCAGGGAGCAUCGACAAAUCACAGCCAGACCUCUCUGGACCCUGCCAUGGCUGUGGCAUGGUCCAGAGAGAGCGGCUGUGCCCGAGCCGCCCUCCCAGCCCCCUGCUGCCGCACUGUGUCUCCCACAGUUGUGAGGUUUCAGGGGGAAGGGGCUGAGCAGCCUGUGCAGGUUUUCAGUAGUUUGGUUUUAGGAAACCACUUGCCUUUUGCAAAUAAGCUGCCAGGUGUUUUCCCACCUGGGCAGGGAGCAGCAGUUCUAGCACACCAAGAGCAAGAGUUGCUCCUUUUCCUCUUCCCCAGCCCUAACUACAUCAUGUCUUUUCAACAGGAUCCAGUAACACUUCCAGAGGUAGCAGUGUCCCCACUGCAGAGAAGGGUCCUUGCCCUGACCGUGUGUCCUUUCCACUGUUCAGUUGCAUCCUCCAGAGAAGAAGGAGCUGCAGGUUUUAAAGCUCUUAUUAGUUCACCACAGUGGGAUGUAAUGACUUGUUAAAACUUUAAGCUGAAGAAGAGCAGAGGCUUGGUUGGGAAAGGGGCAUUUGAGAAAUGGGACAUCCCUGAGGGGAUGGGCCAACAAACUGCUCCGUUGGCAUCAAUCCCGGCCUCUGAGGGCUGCACUUAAUUGAAAUUAAAUGGAGCAAGUCACAGUUGCUCUUGGCUGCUUUUUUUUUUUCCUUCUUUUUCAUUAGGAAACAGUCCCCAGGGUCAGCCCCAGUGCUCCCUGUGAAGGGUCUGGGUCCCUGCUCCAUGUCAGCCCCAGUGCUCCCUGUGACGGAUCCGGGUCCCCUGCUCCAUGUCAGCCCCAGUGCUCCCUGUGAGGGGCCGGGUCCCUGCUCCAUGUCAGCCCCAGUGCUCCCUGUGACGGAUCCGGGUCCCUGCUCCAUGUCAGCCCCAGUGCUCCCUGUGAAGGGUCUGGGUCCCUGCUCCAUGUCAGCCCCAGUGCUCCCUGUGAGGGGCUGGGUCCCUGCUCCAUGUGAAGGGUCCUGGUGCCAGCUUGCCACACUUGGCCACAUGGAAGGAGAACAGGAGGCGUUUGGAGCAUGCUGGGACCAGUGCCCUGAGGAGCCUGUGAGAAGUUUGUGAGUUACCACAGAUGUUUUCUAGUCAUAGGAAUUGAGCAAGGAAGAGUUGUGCCCCCCACGGCACCUGCUGUGCCCCCCCAAUUACCCAGGAGCAUGUUAGCCCUGUGCUGAAUGAUGAAGCAGUGUCCAUGUAGAAAAUAGUUAGAAACCUCCCAGGAGUGUUGAUGGAUUUGGAUUCUGUUGUUGGGGUUUUUGCCCUCUUUGCCACUAUAAGUAAUCCUGGGAAUGUCUCACAGGUUGCAGAAACUCUGGUGCUGGCAAGCACUGCCUGCCAGUGCUGCCCUCUCCCCAGCACACCCCCUGAACCUCAGCAGAGCUCAGGGCCUGCCUCUCCUUUCCCUCACCUGGUGACCACGAGAGGAACCCAGAGCUCCCACGCACUGCCUGCAAGUCAGGGCAGGAUUUGGGGCUGGCACCUUGGGAAUCCGCUGCCGUGGAGAGCUGCUGGUGACUCCCUGCUGGAUUGUGUCCAGGCAAAGCCCUUCCCUUCCCAGGGGUGAUGAGGAAACAGUGAGGUUUCCAGACCUGCAUAGCCAGGGAAGGGCUUUUCUGGUUUUAGGUUGGGCUUUUUUCGUUGGUUUUCCCUUCAUUUUAAUGAUUUUUGUUUGCAUGACGUGUUCUCAACUGUAUGGCUGGAGCUCCUGUAGUGAUACUUGUUUCAGGGUAUUUAAGAAGGGAAGGAAGUAACUGGGUGGCAAAAGACUCCAGGGACUUGUUUACCUCCCCGUGCCAGUGUUCAUAUUCUAUUCCUACAGGAGCAGCCUUCUUUUGAAAUAGAGAUCAGCUCCAAGAA